AUGGAAAAUGACGCGACAAAAGAUCAAAAUCAAGAAAAUCGUUAUGCAUGGACAUGUCCAGCCCAACAGGCAAUGACUCCGAGCGGCUUGUGCAUCCCUUGCUAUGGCCUUAUAGAUGUUCCACUUGAUUCUGAAUCCUGUACUUGCAUUGACUACGCUUACACGAACCCGAUAGAUCCUUACGAGUGCAUUUGUCAAGCUGGGUACCAAGAGCAAAAUGGGAUUUGUGUAGAGAGUGUCAGCACUACUACAACGUCGGUGACUUUGACCACAACCACGCAAGUACUCUGCGAGCUCCCAUUCGUCAGAAACAGUGAUAACGUCUGUGUCAAGUGUGGUGGUGCUUUUGAAACUAGCACAACUGUCUCGCAUUGCACUUGCCAGGAAGAAGCGUCGCUUAUCGCCGGACAAAAUCGCUGCCGAUGCAACUUGGGAUACGCUUAUGUUUCAGAUGAAGACCCUUUACUGCCGGGAAGUUGCACUCUCUGCAGCGGUCCGAUGGAUGUUUCGGUAAAUGACGGCUCAACUGAAUUUUGCUUGUGCGGCGAAAACGCUGAGAUAAACCCUGAUUACGAUCCAAGUAAGCCUUGGGAUUCCAAUUCAUGGUAUUGUAGAUGCAAGAGUGGGUAUAUUUCCGUCCCUGACACAAAUUUACCGAGGAUAAGUUUUGGCUCAUUUGGAAACGCAAGAUAUUUUGCAGUUACUAAUGAUGGUGAUGAUGGCAAUCAAAUUCAAUCACCAUUUCAACACGACUACGGCAAAUGCGUUUUGCCAACGGGAGAGUGUGAAGAAGGCCAAGUCUUUAACUCCGACGGUGUUUGUAUUACUUGUUUGGGGAUUGUACCUGACGUUUUAACGACCCUUGAUUGCUCUUGCAAAGAGAAUGCAUCUUUACAAGCUGGGUCAAACCCGCCAGUGUGCGCUUGCGAUGAAGGGUUCACGGAAAUUGAUGGAGAAUGUGAAAGUACUGUUCCAGGAGUUUGUGGAACAUCUGAAGUUCUAAAUAGUGAUGGAGAGUGCAUCAUGUGUCUAGGAUUGGUUGAAUCUCCACUUCCGGGUGUUACGUGUAGCUGUAUUGAGAAUGCAUCUAUGUCACAAUACGCGCCCAUCUGUUUUUGCGACAAUGGGUUCAAAGAAGAAAAUGGAGUUUGCGUUCAAGAUUGCGAAUCAAUCGGCUUAGUUGAAAAUGAAAGCGGAGAGUGUGCUCCUACAACUACGUCUACAUCUACAACAACAUCCACAUCUACUACGACACAGACAACUACUACUUCUACAACUACUUAUACAACGACGACGUCUUCAUCAACUACCACGACGACGACAACGACUACAGAGCUUGGUGAAUGUGAAAAUGGAAUGGUUAGAAACAGCAUUGGAAUUUGCAUCCGCUGCUUUGGAGCAAUAGAAACUCCGCUGUCAACUGAGCUUUGCACAUGCGGUCCAAAUGCGACAAUUCUAUCAUAUGCUCCUCUAUGCGUGUGUAAUCCUGGGUUCAUUGAUGAUGACGGAGUAUGUAUUCUGCAGACAACGACUUCAUCAACGACAACAUCUACGUCGACGACUUCAACAACGACAACACCUACAACUUCUACGACAUCUGCGACAUCUACGACAACGACGACAAGCACAUCAACAACCGAUCUUGUUUGCUCUGACGACAUGGCUUUGAAUUCGCUUGGAGUUUGCAUUUUGUGCAUAGGAGUCCAUGAAGACCCUCUCCCUGGAGAGACUUGCACAUGCAAAGAGAAUGCCUCCCUUAUUGAUGGAUUGCCCGUAUGUCUGUGCGAUGAUGGCUUCAACAAUAAUGAUAAUUACUGCAUUCAAACAACAACCACGUCUACAACAUCAACAACUACCACGUCUACGACGCUAGAAUCGUGUGAGGCGGGCCAAGUUCGAAAUAUGCUUGGCCAGUGUAUAUCUUGUAUGGGAGUUUAUGAAGAUCCUCUUCCCGGAGAAACAUGUUCGUGCAAAGAAAAUGCAUCUCUUAUUGAUGGACUCCCUCUCUGCUUAUGUGAUGACGGAUUCAUAAACAUUGAUGAUUACUGUAUCUCGACAACAACGUCAACCACAACGACCACAACAACUACCCUUGCACCAUGUGAAUCAGGCCAAGCGCAUAAUAUCAAUGGUGAUUGUAUUCCCUGCAUGGGUAUUUUUGAGGAUCCCCUUCCAGGAGAAUUUUGCACUUGCAUUGAAAAUGCUUCUCUUGUUGGUGGUUUUCCAGUUUGUUCUUGUGACGACGGAUUUGAAUUGAUAGGUGAUGUUUGUUCACCGCUUACAACAACGACGACAACAACUACAACAAGCUCAUUUCCUACAACAACGGAAGCUUGCGCUACUAAUUUUGCGAGGAAUAUUCUCGGAGAUUGCAUCCUAUGUUUCGGCGUUAUUGAAGAGCCUCUUUCAACAGAAGACUGCACUUGUGGCGCAGAUGCGUCUCUUUCUGACCUAGCACCUUGGUGUCAAUGUAAUGAAGGCUUUACAGAAGUUGAAAACUCUUGUACAAGAAUGCUUACUACUUCGUCAAGCACAACAACAACAACUUCGACAUCUCUUGGCGAUUGCGAAAACAACUUUGUCAGAAAUAUUUUUGGGGACUGCAUCGCAUGUUUUGGUAAUAUUGCGAUUCCAUUAAUGACAGAAGAAUGCAGUUGUGCUGAAAAUGCCUCCUUAUUUGAUGGAAUGCCGGUUUGCAGUUGUGAUUCCGGGUUCAUAGAUGAUAAUGGGUUCUGUGUUCCAACCACCACUUCCACAAGCACAACAUCUACUUCUUCCACGGUCUCCUCAACCACAUCUCAAGCAGAUUGUGAGAAUAACUUCGUCAGAAAUAUUUUUGGCGAGUGCAUUGCAUGUUUUGGUAAUAUUGCGAUUCCAUUAGUGACGGAAGGAUGCAGUUGUACGGACAAUGCCUCAUUAUUUGAAGGAAUGCCGGUUUGUACUUGUGAUAUUGGGUUCACGGAUGAUAACGGACUUUGUGUUCCUAUUACCACUUCAACGACUACCACCGUCAUAUCUUCAUCAACCUCGUUAUCAUCAACAACAUCAUCUAUUUCAUGCCCUGAUGGAACGUAUCUGACUCCUUCGGGCGCAUGUAAAAAUUGUGAAGGACUUUUUGUGCUCCCUAUGACUUCUGAAACAUGUGAGUGCGUUCCAAAUGCUUCUUUAGCGGAAUUCGCGCCUGUUUGCCUCUGCAAUGACGGGUAUCACGAAAGUAACGGCGGCUGUUUACCGAGCCCAACAACGACUACGAAUCCAAUCAGCACUACAACUGGUUCGCUCAUAAGCUGCCCAGAUGAGCUUGUAAUGAACAAUGUUGGAGAAUGCAUCGCUUGUUAUGGAGCAAUUCCAGCGGUUUUGGCAACAGAAGACUGUUCUUGUGUUGAAAACGCAGAAAUGAGCUCUUUUGCGCCUUUUUGUCAAUGUAUAACAGGUUAUUUCUUCGUAAAUAAUGAAUGUGUCGAGACGCAGGAAGAAGACUGCGAUAUUCAUCACGUGAAAAAUGCAAAUGGAGAGUGUGUUAUGUGCAUGGGAGCAGUCGCUGAGACUCCACUAAAUACUAUUGAAUGCUCUUGUGGUUAUUUUGCUGAGCUUGUUAGCUACAUGCCUUACUGUCGUUGCAUCGACGGAUAUGAAGAAAUAGAUGGGAUUUGCAUUAUUUUGCAGACUACCACUUCACAAUCUCCAACAACCCCAGAAGGAAGUGGCAACUACGGGGACUACUGUAUUGUUAACGGUGUCGUUUAUGACAACGGACAAAGCUGGAAAGACGGAAAUUGUUGGCUGUGUGAGUGUGACGAAGGAGUUGUUGCUAAAACUUUCAUUUGUGAAACGAAUCUAAUUGGAGAGGUAAAACACUGCACCUUGCCGAACGGCGCAACAGUUCAACACGCUCAAUACUAUCACGUGUCCAACUGUUUUAAAUAUUUCUGGUUUUUUUAA